GAUUAGAGUGCCGCGCCGUGCAUUAACUUGUUUCCAACGAGUCAAUUCWAUUCAGUCUACGUCCGUUCGAUUCAGUUUCGCUUGCCACACAACAACCAUGUUCUCGAGCCGAGGAAUAUCGUCCGCAGCAGCACGACUGCUGGCAAGCCAGAGGGGCCGCCGCCUCUUGAGCAGCGGCACCAACUACAACGGAGGCAAAACAUGGAAGGUGUACCUGUCGGGAGAAAUCCACAGCGACUGGCGGGAGGUCAUCGCKGAGGGWCUCGCCGAGAAAGACCUCCCGGUGGUCCUCUCGGCUCCCAACACGAGCCAYGAAGACAGCGACGACUGCGGCGCGAUGAUCCUCGGCAUGGAGGAGGAGCGGCCCAACUGGGACCACAUUGGCGCCUCCAUGAACGCCAUCCGGACUCAGACCCUCCUCAAGGAAGCCGACGUGGUGGUGGUGAGGUUCGGCGAGAAGUACCGGCAGUGGAACGCCGCCUUUGACGCUGGGUUCGCGUCGGCCCUUGGCAAACCCGUGGUGACCAUCCAYCCGCCGGCCAUCUCGCACAUGCUCAAGGAGGUCAACGCCAGCGCCAAGGCGGUCUGCGAGGAUCCCCAGCAGGUGGUGGAAACGCUGGCCUACGUGAUCCGGGGAGACCUCCCCUCGACACCGCGRGACGGGGACAAGUGGAUCCCGAUCGCCGACCGGCUGGGCAAGGGGAAUCCAAAUCCAUAGGCGCUGCAAUGAAUAUAACAAGCAGAGCUUGACUACGUCUGAUUGGUUGAGAGCAACCCAAUCAAAAAGCGAGAAAAGAUAACUGGGAGCACCAGCAUCAACAGAACCCCCUUACCCAUCAGUUCGCAGUGCUCACUACUGUAACAUGCCACCACUAGUAAGCACUAAUAAAGGUUAUCCAGCAGU